UCUCUCGCCAGGUCCUUGUUCUUUCGAAAGUCCACCAGAACGCCGUCCUGGAGGAGGUUCUGUGUCCUCCUCCGGAGAGUGACCAGGUCCACUGAUGUUUUUUGGUAGACCUUGAUGUUUCUUGUCUCCCACAGGACCUGCCUGACGGUGUUGAUAAUCCCCCACUGACGCUGGAGCUCCAUGGUCUUGAGUCCCCCCCGGGGACCGUAGAGGACUCUCUCAGACGUCAGGGAGGACAUCGGCAGCAACCUGUUUUGGGAGACAGAGGAAACAACAAGGCCCCAGACCCGCCUAGCCACGGCGCACUCCCAGAACAGAUGGUGAUUGUGUUCUGAGUCAGUGCAACCGUGGGGGCAGCGCUCAGUCAGUGCCUGCGGUACAUGAAAGCUCUUGUGGGGAGACACCUGUGAGCUGUCACCCAGGCAAUGUCUUUCUGCUUGUUAGUAAGACACUUAUGUGUCACAUUUGCCCAGAUGACUUGCGGGUCCUGGGCCGGCCCUGAUCUCGGGAGCGUGGCGGUCUCGUUAGAUCUGAAAUGAGCCAUGAUGAUUUUAUCACCCAGGUGGGUGCUACACAUUGGUGGUGGGUGAGCAGAGCACCCACUCGUCACUGUAAAGCACUCUGAGCGUUCGGAAAAGUGUUAUAUAAAUGCUACGGUUCAUUCAUUCAUUCAUUCACUGAUUUCUCCUGAGCUGCGUAGCUGACUAUGGCGGCCAGUAGGCUAGGCUACUCAAUACCAGCAGUGCCUAGCUCUGACUGCUUUGAACAAUCCAGCGUCAAGCAGGAGGGGGUAUGAGCGGCACGUUAUCAGAACGCUGAUAACUCGCUCUCACGCGGAAGAUGAGACCUUGAAUAUUACUUUGCCGUGCGGUAUGGGCUUCAUUAGCCAAUGAGAUACGCCGUACACUACUUUGUGGGGAUACAAUCCAAACUGAUUGUAAACGAAUCUUUCAGUGCCCGAUUACAAGUUCUGGGACACACAGUUACUUAUUUUCAAAAAGUGAUUUCGUAAACUUACCCGGGGACAGAUAAUCCGGUUGGCAGUUUGUUGUUUUUUGUUUUUGUUGGUUUGUAUCAGUAAAAGGUUGUCUGGGAACAAGACGCUUAGACGCUGACCAACUCCUAAGGUUUUCAUCACCUUGUUUGGUCUAUAUAGACCUACCCAAGGUCGUUGUAAGUGUGUUGUCAGUUUUAAUCGUGCCUGUUGGUCUUCCUGAUACUACGGAAAAGGGGGGAUGUACACCUUUUUUAAUACGAAGACAGGAGAGCAUGCAGCGGGCGGUAGCUGUUCCACACAUUUCCUCUCGAGACACUGGAUAAGCCCGACGCUCCUUCCUUUUUCACUCGGACUAAAACAAGAGAGAGAAAUAAGCACGUCCUCCGUUGGGGGGCAGGGGUCUGACCUGGGGGUGCAGAUGCUGCAGCAGGUGGCGCUGUUGCGUCCGAGGCAGAACCUGCUGGUGUCCCCCCACGGCGUGGCCAGCGUUCUGGGGCUGCUGCUGCUGGGUGCCGGCGGCGACACCGGACAGCAGAUCCUCACCGCGCUCCGCUACGAAGCCGCCAGCGGCCUGGACGAAACGCUGGGGGACCUGCACAGGAGCCUGGACAAGUCCGGGCAGGGCGCGACCGUGACCGUCUCCAGCGGCCUCUUCGCCCAGAAGGGUUUGGAGAUGAAGGUCCCCUUCCUGUCCGCCAUCCGGAGAGCCUUCCGGUGCGAGAGCAGGAACCUGAAUUUCGCCAACAGGGUCAGCGCCGCCAGAACCAUCAACGUCUGGAUCAGGGACCGCACCAACGGAAAGAUCUCCACCCUGGUCAGGCCAGACAUGCUGGAUGGGGCCCUCACCCGUCUGGUGGCGGUGAACGCCAUCUACUUCAAGGGCCUGUGGAAGUCCCGCUUCCGGCGCGAAGACACCAAGAUGGGCAAGUUCACAACGGGUGAUGGCAGUGAACACGAGGUCCCAAUGAUGUCACAAGUGUCCGUCCUCAACACUGUGAAGAAGAGGGGGUCCUUGCUCUCACUGGUCUGCCUUAGAACGAUCAGUCUGCGCUUCAUGGAUGGCAGUAGUCUAUACAUACUCGUUACCAACCCAGAGCGCCGUGUAGUGAAAAACCAGAGAGGACAGAAGGAAGGAGCACAGACGCCAGGGACCGCCAGCACCCCCGCCGGCCUGCGGUACUCCGUCAUCGAGCUGCCCUACCACGGCGACGCGCACAGCAUGCUGAUCGCCGUGCCGCCCGUGGGCACGCCCCUCUCCGCCCUCCUCCCCCACGUGGGCGUGGCCGCCGUGCGGAGGUGGGCGGAGCUCCUGAGCCCCAGUCUCGUUCCCCUGUCGCUGCCCAGGUUUUCAGUGGAGGCCGAGCUCGAUAUGAAAAUUCCUCUCUUAGCUUUGAAUGUCACUGACAUUUUCGACCAACAUAAAGCCGACUUCAGACACAUAUGCACAGAGCCACUGUAUGUCUCCAAGGCUGUCCAGAGAGCCAAAAUGGAGGUCAAUGAAGACGGAACCAAAGCAUCCGUCGCCACGGCUUCGGUCCUGUUAACCAGAUCUUCCCCACCACCGGUGACCAUAGACAGACCAUUCCUCUUCCUCAUUCGACACAACCCCACAGGGACUCUGCUUUUCAUGGGACUGAUCAACGAUCCCUUGGCACCAUGCCAAACAACUCCCGAACUGGAACUGCCUGUGUUUCCACCUCAAACACCAAAAAUAAAAAUAAAAAUAAAAUAAAAAAAUUUAUACUGGUUUUUCAGGCAGACGUACAAACAGAUGUGAUGUUGCACAUCAUUUAACUGGUAAUAAAAUCAGUUCCCUAUUUCUGUAUUAGGUGUUGUGUUUCCUUUUAAGAGAAUAACAUUUUUUUUUUGAGAACAUACUGUUUUUCCCAAGGCAUUCUGAAAUUCUGUGUUAAUGACAGGGACAGUGUAUCAGACAGUUCUCUGGUGUCUUUUUAAGCCACCCUCCUGUACCUCACUAGCCAGGUUUCUUGUGUUUUGUAAUGCUGGAUUUAACCCUUUGAAGAGUAGGGUUUUUUUUUUUUGGGAAUGUUUUUUUGUAUGAAUCCUUUUUGUAUGUACACCACUCAAUUAAAGCUGCUGCCCAAUAGAGAUAGUUCUCUCAGUAUAAUAUG